GACGCACAACUCAUCCCCAGGCCGCAUCCCGAGCCGCGCCGCUCCGCUCCUCCCGGGUCCUCCCCGGGUCGUGGCGGGGGGGUGGGUCGCGCCGCCGCCCCCCGGGGCGGUGCAGCCGCAGCGCCCGCCGCCGCCGGAGCCUCCUGCCGCCGCUCUCGGGCGGGCGGGGCGGCGCCGGGCGCCCGGGGAGCGGAGCCGGAGCCGGCGCCCUGGCCAUGCCCCAGCUGCUGCCGGCGCAGGAGGCGGCGCGGAUCUACCACACCAACUACGUGAGGAACGCGCGGGCCAUGGGGGUGCUCUGGGCCCUCUUCACUCUCUGCUUCUCCAUCCUGAUGGUGGUGACCUUCAUCCAGCCAUACUGGAUUGGCGACAGCAUCGACACACCUCAGGCUGGCUACUUCGGCCUUUUCUCCUACUGCAUUGGAAACGCACUCACCGGGGAGCUCAUCUGCAAGGGCAGCCCCCUUGACUUUGGCACCAUCCCCUCUAGCGCCUUCAAAACUGCCAUGUUCUUCAUAGGCAUCUCCACCUUCCUCAUCAUCGGCUCCAUCCUCUGCUUCAGCCUUUUCUUCUUCUGCAAUGCAGCCACUGUCUAUAAAGUCUGCGCCUGGAUGCAGCUGGCGGCAGCUACCGGGCUGAUGAUCGGUUGCCUGAUCUACCCCGACGGCUGGGACUCCAGCGAGGUGAAGCGCAUGUGUGGGGACAAGACAGACAAAUACACACUGGGCGCCUGCACUGUGCGCUGGGCCUACAUCCUCUGCAUCAUUGGCAUCCUCGACGCUCUCAUACUCUCCUUCCUGGCCUUUGUGUUGGGGAACCGGCAGGACAAUCUCCUCCCGGCCGAUUUUAAAGUGGAAAAUAAAGAAGAGGGCAAUGACUGACAGAGCUGAUCACCACGUACACCUGGAAGCUGCUUUUCCAUCAGCCCUUUUCUUUAAACUGACUUUCCCAGGAAACAAAAACUUACAACUUCUGGAUUUUCUACAACCGCUCUUUCCACCUAAGGCGCUGCUACCAGCUCGCGGCACUCACGGCCUUGGGGCGAGAGGAAGAGCCCAAACGGGACACAAGUGUUGGGCUUCGAGUCCAUCAGCAAACCUGGAGAAAAGCAGGAUGACAAUGUGUUUCUUCCUGGGGUUUGUACAGCUUCUUUCAAGGAAAUUACUUCUGAAUAAAAAUACACAUUUUGGA